ACCUUUUCCUCUUUUAACGUAUCCUCAUUACUCGCAAGUUCUCAAAUAAUUGAUUUAUAUUGAUAUCUGUGAUAUUUCAUAACUUUUGAGGGCGUCAGGGACCCGCUAUCAAUAUGCGGGAGACUCCUUGAACGUCCGAACGAAAAGAGAUGCCUAUGCACGUCUGAUUUGUUCAACUUCGUACAAAAGGCACGUCGGAUGAAAAACGAAAGUGAAAGAAGAAACAGAAGAGUCGUAAGGAGACUUAAAUUUAUAUUGUGUGGCAGGUUUUUGAGCCCGUAAAUCACGACUUCAAAACCACGACUCACGACUCUGAACUGGGAGUACGCAUUCCAGGCAACCUGUAACCCGUAUUUUUCCAACCUUCUACCUGUGAAAGUACACUGGAACAGCAGCCAAACCCAUGACUUCCCACCUGUGAACGAGAUCGAUGUACUCCCAGUUCAGAGUUGUCUUAAAUCAUCAAGAGAUUAACUCCAGUCAACCUUCAUAAUGAGCCACUAUGAAGAGACAGAGGAGGUCAACGAGAAAAUAAAGGCAAAGGCUGUUUGGGAAUCCAGUUGUGUGUCACUAAAGAGUGAUAACUCCAUGAGGCAACCACUUGCAUUUAGUGAUGGAGCAGUGACCUCUGACCCCAGUAUCACCAGGUUGAAGAGACCCAUAUCAGCAUCACCAAAACCCAGCUGUGUGUCACUAACGAGUGAUAACUCCAUGAGGCAACCACUUGCAUUUAGUGAUGGAGCAGUGACCUCUGACCCCAGCAGUUUGAAGAUGCAAUCCAGUCUGAACUACACUGAUUCCCCCGGUCAGACUUACAUCAGACAUCACAAGACAGAAUCAGACUUACAGACACAAAACCUGCUGGAGGAGACUGAAUAUCUUCAUCGGGAUUCAUGUGAGCAAGUUUAUGAUGAUCUGCAGAGAGUCAAAGACCAACACAAAACCAUCAUGAAGAACAAGUGCGAGAGUUUAUUUGAGGGAAUCAAAAAAGAAGAGAACCAAACCCUCCUGAAGAGGAUUUACACACAAUUGCACAUCAUAGAGGGAGAAGGUGAAGGAGUGAAUGAAGAACAUGAGGUUUUACACAUGGAGAAAAACACCAGAACACAACACUUACAAGACACAACAAUCUACUGCAAUGACAUCUUUAAACCGUUACCUGAACCAGAAUAUAAAACAGAGAAAAGAAGAGAGAGGAAAGACAAAAUCAAGAGCGUUCUUACUAAAGGCAUUGCUGGGAUUGGAAAAACCGUCUCUGUACAGAAGUUCAUUCUGGAUUGGGCCGAGGGAACAGCCAAUCAGGAUGUUGACUUCAUGUUUGUGCUUCCGUUUCGAGAGCUGAACUUGAUUCAAGAUGAUCAGUACAGUCUUCAUAAACUUCUGCUUGACUUUCAUCCUGAACUUCAAGAUCUGGACUCAAAGAUUUAUGAUGAGUGUAAAGUUGUGUUCAUCUUUGAUGGUCUGGAUGAAAACAGAUUUACACUGAUGUUUUCAGAUGCUAAGAAAGUUUCUGAGGUGACUGAGACUUUAUCAGUGCCUGUGUUGAUAUCAAACCUCAUAAAAGGAGAUCUGCUUCCCUCUGCUCUCAUCUGGAUUACCUCCAGACCAGCAUCAGCCAAUCAGAUCCCAUCUGAAUACAUCAACCGUCUGACAGAAAUCCAGGGAUUCAAUGACGCUCAGAAGGAGGAAUAUUUCAGGAAGAGAAUCAGCGAUGAACAUCAAGCCAGCAGAAUCAUCUCACACGUCAAAAGAUCAAGAAGUCUCCACAUCAUGUGUCACAUACCAGUCUUCUGUUGGAUCUCAGCCACUGUGCUUCAAAACAUCCUGAACCAAAACAAUGAGAGAGCAGAAAUACCUAAAACUCUGACUGAAAUGUACAUCCACUUCCUGCUGAUUCAAAUGAAUAUGAAGCAUGAGAAGUAUGAUGAGAGAGAUCCAGAGAAACCCCUGCAGUCCAACAGAGAAGUGAUUGUCAAGCUGUCUAAACUGGCUUUUAAACAGCUGAUGAAGGGUAAUGUGAUGUUUUAUGAGGAGGAGCUGAGAGAGUCUGGCAUAGACAUCACUGAUGCCUCAGUGUAUUCUGGGAUUUGUACUGAGAUCUUUAAGGAGGAAUCUGGGAUACAUCAGAGGAAAAUCUACUGCUUCAUACAUCUCAGCUUUCAGGAGUUUCUGGCUGCUCUCUAUGUGUUUCACUACCAUGUAAGUACAACAAUGGAAACCUUGAAGAAUUUUGCUUCAGUCCAGAAAUUGCUUAAAGGUGCAAUAGACGAUGCCAUUAAAAGUAAAGCUGGACAUCUGGAUCUUUUCCUGCGAUUCCUGCUGGGCAUCUCACUGGAGUCCAAUCAGAGACUCUUACAGGAUCUACUGACACAAACGGUGGACACCUCAGAAACCAUCAGUGAAAUCACACAGUACAUUAAAGAUAAAGUCAAGCAUAAUGAUAAUUUCUCAGCUGAAAGAUCCAUCAAUCUGUUUCUUUGUCUUCUUGAAGUGAAUGAUCAGACUCUGUCCAGAGAGAUUGAGAAGUUUGUGAGAUCAGACAAACACUCAGAUAAGAAACUCUCUGCUGCUCAAUGUUCAGCAAUAGCCUACAUGCUUCAGAUGUCAGAGGAAGUGCUGGAUGAGCUGAAUCUGAAGAAAUACAACACAACACAGGAGGGGAGAAGAAGACUCAUACCAGCUGUCAGCAACUGCACAAGAGCUAUAUUUGAGGACUGUAAUCUCAAGGUGGAUUCCUGUAAAAUUGUGGCUUCAGUUCUCCAAUCCUCAAACUCACAUGUCAGAGAUCUGGAUCUGAGUAACAAUGACCUGCAGGAUUUAGGAGUGAAGCUCAUCUCUGAUGCUCUCAAGAAUCCAGAGUGUAAACUACACACACUGAGAUUAUCAGGUUGUAUGGUGACAGAUGAAGGUUGUUGUUAUUUGGCUUCAGCUCUGAGUUCAAACCCAUCAUCACACCUGAGAGAGCUGGAUCUGAGCUACAAUCACCCACAACACUUAGGAUGUCAGAUGCUCUCUCACAGACUCAGUGAUACAAAAUCUACUCUCAAGAAACUUGAUCUAGAGCAUGGAGGGCAUUUUAGGAUCACACCAGGACUGAGAAAAUAUGCCUGUGAUCUCACACUGGAUCCAAACACAGCAAACAUUCGUCUCGUUCUGUCUGAAGGAAACAGAAAGUUGACGUAUGUGAAAGAUCCCCAGCCGUAUCCUGAUCGGUCAGACCGAUUUAAACACUAUGAGCAGAUUUUGUCUAAAGAGAGUUUCACUGGACGCUGUUAUUGGGAGGCUGAAUGGACCGGCUGGAGUUAUAUAGGAAUGACGUAUGAAGGAAUCAGCAGGGAUGGAGGAAAUCUGAGUAGGUUAGGAUACAAUGAAAUGUCCUGGUGUCUCUUCUGUAUUUCUGACAGAUACAGUGCUUGGCACAAUAAUACAAACAGAGACAUACCUGCACCUUCACCUAAAUCUAAUAAAGUAGGAGUUUAUCUGGACUGGUCAGCCGGCACUCUGUCUUUCUACAGUGUCUCUGAUACACAAACACUCACACACUUACACACAUUCAACACAACAUUCACACAACCUCUAUAUGGUGCUGUUAGAGUUUAUGAUUGCUCUGUGUCUCUCUGUCGGAUUGAACAACAACAAACUGUUCUCUAAAUUCUUAGCUGGAGACAGUUUUCUGCAUUCUAGUGAUGAUCAUUGAUAUAACUCUGUAAUACAUUACAAUACAAUAAAAUA